CAUAACCACUGUUCCUAUUGUCAUGUAUUGAUGGUCAGAGACUGAGUCUCAUGGUCGGUUGAUCCACCCGAUCUUUUGCGCCUCACUGGAUAUUCCUGUUUUUUUUUUUUUUUUUUUUUUUUUCGACAAUCCCGACCACUUGUUACUCGGCAGCUGAUUGUCGCCAACCAUGAACGCCAUCACAUGCCAUCGCCAAUCGCAUGCCCACGGCGGCUAUCCUUACAGCCUGCCGCACGACCAUCGCCAUAAUAAUAGCAACAAUAGCCGCCCUCUCCACAUAGUCCAAACCAUUAUGCCAACUGCUCUGGGUCCAGGCGCCGGGAAAACUCCAUCGUGCCUGGCUGGAUCCCAGCUACCUCCAUCCCUUGAGAUUUCUUCUCCCAACCUGAAUGCCUUGCCCGAUACAAAAGCCACCUUGGAACUCACUGAAAUCACUGUGGACACAUGCACCUCCCCAGUCACUCCUGAAAUCGCCGACGAUAUGGGGUUGAGCAUGGAAGGAUCUUCGAUCACAUAUCCAAGCGCCACACCAGAACUAUCUCCCGUUGGCGACAACCCUCGCAUUUCAAAGCGGAAACGAACUUCAUCACCACCGUCGCCCUCGUCGACAAGUCCCGGAGACUACCGUCGUUCAUCAUCUCGAAGCACCCGUCGCUCUGAACAGACGGCUCGCCAUAGCUCUUUACACUCUCAUCGUCACGCGCCUCUCACGCCAUCGGUUCCUAGCAAAGAUCUAGAGACCAAGCGGGAAGAUCUUCUGGCCCUGCACCGGGAAUCCUGCCGUCUAUUUCAAGACAGUGGACGAACGAUCCCGACUCAGCAUAGAAGAACGUCACUUCCCCUCACUACCCACGACAGUCCGCCACACACGCUCCGCACAUCGUCAGAGACCGGUUCACCCCCGGUGUCCCCAGUCUUCCCGACCCAAAUUUCUACGGUGAGCGAGGACCUGACGGAUCAAGACUAUCAUAAGGGGCCCUUGCUCCACACCUCACCCAUCACCAACACCAUCCAUGACGAAAGUUAUAUCCCUUCGAUCCAGGCCUCGGUCACUGUCAUUGACUGGACGUCCCCGUCCACGCGGAGGCGCGAAUACAAAAAGAUCGACCGUGCCAGUAGUGGGGUAAGGGGCUUCUGGCGCCGGGUUGCCCCCAAGUGGUGCCAGUUCGGACAUGACCGCACGCCGUUCUUUGAAGAAAAAGACGGCAAAGGAAACUACGAGGGUAGUGUCCGACGGUUUCGAAUGGACCUCCCCGACGAGCCUGUCCCGGAACGUAAAAUGAAUGCCAUUCGGGCACUGAAGCUGAAACAAAAGUUGGUGACGACUAAAAUGAGCAGUCGUCGACAAAGCGAAUAACCGAGUCAUGAUGCCACGCUGGUUCUUUACCGUUCUCAUUUCGACAAUGACAGCCACUGGCUGUGUAACAUUCUUUAGAAAAAAAAAGAAAAGCCUGGAGCUUUCCAAAGUUCUGAGUUGUGACGCUCUCACAGAGUGAGGUGUGUUGAACACGUGUCACAGAUUUCUCGUGAGACUUGAGACUGUCGUUGAUUAUUCCCUUGCAUGGGCGGGAGAUU